CGUUCCCACCCGCCCGUUAGCCGUGGUACAACAAGUAAAGGUAGGCAAGCUAGACUGUGCAAUGUACACGACUCAUAAAGCAAGGAUAUGAGCUUUAAGCCACCAUGACGUGCGUGGUGUUCGCGGGCCCUGAUUUUCUGCCCUCACCACCAUCGUCACCCUCACCCCUCGACCCCUCAGCCCUUCCUACCUGAGUACAUAUUAACAGUCCACCAAUUCCUCUCUUGGGUAACCUACCAAGCCUCGGUUAUUUCCCCGUUUCCACAUCCUUUACAAGCUCCACAGCCCUACAGCGUCCCUACUUCAGCAGUAUGGCCACCCUGCGGAGCUUGUACAGGUCGGAUCAUGCUGAUCGACCAGAGCUCAACACCAACUUCAAUGUUGACUAUGUGAUCCACUACCAAAUUCCGGCGGAAGAUUCCACCAAAGCCGAAGCUGCCUUUGUGCAACUUGUCGAAGCACUUUCCAGCGUGGGGCUUGCCACGGAAGUCAGGCGAGGCGACGACUCGUCCGUCCUGGUCUUCGUAAAGGUUGCGUCCGAAGACCUGCUUAAGCAGCAUGCGUAUCGGUACAGGGUCCAGGACUGGCUGUACGGCAUUCGCACUUCGGCACCGAGCAAGGACCUUGGAUCCUGCUUCCAGGAGCAGCCUGUCUCCGAGGCUGAGAGGCUGAGGCUUGUCUACCUCCUGAUCACGAAGCCGCGGAACGAGGGCGGCGCCGGCGUGACGCCCGGGUCCGGCCAGUGGAAAUCCGUCAAGUCCGUCUUCCCACUCCACAACCACGCCUUCAACAGGGAGUGGAUCAAGAAGCUGAGCACCAAGUACUUCAUCGAGGAGGACGACAUCAACCAGAUCCGCGACAAGUUUGGGGAGCAGAUCGCAUUCUACUUUGCCUUCUUGCAGACCUACUUCUCAUUCCUCAUCUUCCCUGCUGCCUUCGGUUUCGGCGCGUGGCUUAUUCUCGGCCAGUUCUCAUGGUUCUAUGCGGUGGUGAACUGUCUGUGGUCCGUGGUGUUCUUCGAGUACUGGAAAAAGAAGGAGGUUGAUCUCGCUGUCCAGUGGGGUGUCCGGGGUGUCUAUCGUAUCCAGCAUCCUCGAACGCAAUUCCAGUUCGAGCGGGAGGCCCAAGAUCCUGUCACCGGCGAGAUCAUCAAGGUGUACUCUCCGUUCAAGAGGCUUCAGCGCCAGCUGCUACAGCUACCCUUCGCUAUAGUCUGCUUGCUUGUCCUUGGAAGUCUCAUCAUUUCCUGCUUCUCCAUUGAGAUCUUCAUCUCUGAGGUCUACAACGGCCCCUUCAAGCAGUACCUCGUGUUCUUGCCAACGCUCCUCCUGUCAGUGUUCAUGCCGGCACUGACUACCAUCCUAACAAACUUGGCGGAAAAAUUGACCCACCUAGAGAAUUAUGAGACACAUGACUCCCAUCAGGCGGCUUUUGUCCAGAAGAUGUUCGUUAUCAACUUCAUCGUCUCUUACUUGCCCAUCAUCCUGACGGCAUUCGUCUACGUACCCUUCGGCAAGGUCCUCGUGCCUUACCUCGAUAUUUGGCACGUCACUGCUCAGCACUUUACGACCGACGGCAAAGUCGAGAUCCAGCCCUUUGAGAUUAACCCGGACCGGCUCAAGAAGCAAAUUAUUUACUUCACCGUCACGGCACAGGUUGUUAAUCUCCUCCUGGAGGCCGUGUUGCCUUUGAUCAAGCGCAAGGUCUUCAAGAAGGUGAAGGAAGUGCAGACUGCCAAGAGUGGCGCUACCCACCACGAGGACCCCGAGGAAGAAGCUGCGUUUCUACAGCGCGUUCGAAACGAGGCGGAGCUGGAUAAGUACGACGUGACCGUGGAUUAUCGCGAGAUGGUGGUUCAAUUUGGCUAUCUGUCAUUGUUUUCUGUCAUCUGGCCACUGACUGCCUGCUCUUUCCUCGUCAACAACUGGGUCGAAGCCCGAUCCGAUGCACUGAAGAUCGCUGUUGGAAGUCAGAGACCAGUUCCUUGGAGGUCCGACUCCAUCGGUCCAUGGUUGACCUCACUCGGAUUUCUGUCAUGGCUCGGCAGCUUGACGAGCGCCGCAAUCGUCUACUUGUUCAACAAGGAUCCAUAUGGGCCUGAUGGUGUUCCGUCCAAUGUCACGGGCUGGGCAUUACUUCUUAGCAUCUUGUUCGCCGAGCACCUCUACCUCGUCGUGCAGUUCAUCGUCCGCUACGUGAUCGGCAGCUUGGACAGCCCUGGACUGCAAAAAGAGCGCGCCGAGCGGUUUGCCAUGCGCAAGCUCCACCUCCAGGAGACACUGGGGGAGGACUUUGCGGAAAAUGCAGUUGCAGCAAACUUGGGCGCUGGUGAAAAGAUCACUCGUGCGGCCCUCGAGGAAGAGGCUCGCAGGGCUUCGGUCUCCGGCUCGGGAACGCCCGAGCAGCUCUUCUGGCAGCGGCAGCGUGGAGCACAAGAGACAAUCCAGGUCGGGCGAGGAUAUAUCUCCGAAGCCGCUGCUGCAAACAAGACAAAGGCCCAAUGAGCAAUGAGCAAUGAGGAACGAAUAGUUGACGGUUUCGGCCAGUCACACUUGGAAGAGUAAAAUAAUUGCGCAAGGGGGAUUUGUAAUGGUUUUGCCUACUUCUAUGUCUUGCUUGGCGUUCAGCGUAUGAAGUCGUUUGGCAUCUUUGGGAGAAACGGGCAAUCUGUUUACAAGCGGGCGUCCACUCACCAGACAAAAGCACAAGAAUGACUCCAGAUCGGACUCUUCCUCAAAAGGCGCAUUGCGAGGCUCGCUUAUUAUGGGCCAAAGGGAAUCGAUUCGGUGGGCGUUUUCUAGAAUAGCCGCUGAUACCGUUGGUCCAAGGUUGAAACUUAGUGCCCAAUAGAGUAUAAUGAGCAUCAA